AUGGAUCAUCAUCAUCAUUCUAGGCAUCUUAUGUUUAAGUUGUCAAAAUUUGACGAUUGGAAGGUACGAAUGCAGGCACAUCUCUUUGUGAUACACGAUGAAAUGUGGGACGUUAUCACUGAUAGUCCCAUACAAAUCUUGAUCGUUAAUGCUAAUCGAGUAGCAGAAGGAGAAAGCACACUUGAACCCAUCGCCAAAACAAAAUCUGCUUACACAACUGAAGAAAGAACUCACAGCAAUUUGGAUAGUAUUGCACGGGAUAUUCUCUACAAGACUCUUGGCGAGACGUUUCCAAGAGUGAGAAAGUGCAAGGCUGCAAAGGAGAUGUGGGAGACUCUCAUGCUCAUAGGCAAAGGAGAUAAGCAAAAAAAGGAGAGAAAGCUCACCAUUGCCAGGAAAAAGUUUGAGGACUUUAAGAUCGGAGCAACCGAGUCCAUCGUGGAAAUGGAAACCAGAUUUAUGAAGUUGCUAAGUGAGGUGGCUGAUUUAGGCAAAGAGCCGACACAGAAGGAGAUCAAUCUAAAGAUUCUCGACACACAUGAGAAAUGA